AUGAAGGCACUAGUAGCUUUAAUACUGCUGGUUCAGCUUCCCAUUCACAAAGCUGUACCAGCAGCUCCCCCUGCUCUCUUGGGCUGUGAUGACCCAGAAUCUGAAGCAGCAGCUGAAGUUGCUGUGAAUUAUAUUAAUGGCCACAGUCAUCAUGGAUACAAGUUUGCCUUAAACAGAAUCGAGGAUAUCCGUGUGGUACCCCAGGGCCCAAAUAAUGACAUCAUAUUUCUUGAACUUGACUUACUGGAGACCAAGUGCCCUAUUCUCAGCCCUACACCUCUUGCAAACUGUACAGUGAGGAGCUUUGCAGAACAUGCAGUUGAGGGUGACUGUGAUGUUAAACUGCAGAAGGUGGAUGGGACAUUAUCUGUACUCGCUAGCAAAUGCCACUCACAUGCAGACUCCAGUGAAGAUAUUCUUAAAGUCUGCCCUGACUGUCCACUGCUGGCAAGACUGAACAACACGGAGGUGUUAGAAACAGUGUCAGCUGCACUCAAUGACUACAACAGCAAAACCACUGAUUCUUACCUCAGACUCCUCGAGAUCGGAAGAGCCAAAAUACAGUAUCACCCAGCGCAUGCUGUUGUUACUGAGUUUGCUGUGGGUGCCACGAACUGCUCUGCAGAAGAAGCUAAAGCCAAUGUGGGGUCUUGUCAGCUGCUGCCUGAGGAUCAGUCUAAUUUUGGUUUCUGCACAGCAGUGAUGGUAAAACGUCCCUCACAAGACCUUCAGGUGAACUGCCAGUUGUACGGACAUCAGCCUGGAGUUACCUACAUUCAUCCAGGUCAGGACACAUCAGCAGGACUGGCACCCAGUGCUGUAGGCGUCACAAACCAUAAUCUUGCGCUUGUCCACAAUAACCCUGUUGCAUCUGAAUCCAGCUCUUCAGAAAUUUUGCGUUCCAUGCUCUCAGCAAAAUCACUAACAAAGAGAGCAGUUGCAGAGGCUGCUCAGCAUGACAAAGUACCUCGCCCAGUUGGCUUUGUGCCUCCUCUUCCUCCCUGCCCUGGGAAGAUUCGUCAUUUCGAUAUCUAG